CAUCGUCCCACAUGUUAUUUUUUUUAUGAAAAGUUAAUGAGCUAAUUUUCAUUUAGUACGUUUAUCAACACUCUUACGGUAUCUCCUUAUGGAUCAUCAUAAAAAUAAAAGUUCCAGCGAACCGAUGAGCGCCUGGAAAUGGCCUGAAGUCGAUUCCUACCUCUCUGAUCGCGUAAAAGCUUUGAAUUCCCACUCUUUGUCAAUGCUUCGAAGUCAUGUUUCUGUUAGUAGUACCGUGAGCGAUUACAGUCACGGAUCCUUAAGUGCUCUACCAGAAGGUGCAUUGGAAUGCCUUAGCCGUGUUGAUUUUCCAGAAAUUAAUCCUGAGCACAAAACCGGCCCUAAAUAUUAUUACGAAGCCUUCGAUUUAAUGGCUCCUUUUAUUUCCUUAGUAUAUCGUACUAUCAGGGAUAAUUGUAAUGGUUGCCGUGAUGAGGAAGCAUGCUGGACACAAUAUAGUAGGAAACUGGAAUGGACCGGAGAUGCGGCGUUUUUGGUGCAGUGCCUUAAAAUGUGCCUGGAGCGAAACUGUACGGAGAUUACUCUGCUAGCGUUGCAGCUAGCCAGUGUCCGAAUGGAGAGAUCUUUAGGAGAUAUAUUAAUUAGUGUGAAGUACCGGUGUCCUCCGUUGUUAAAAGAUAUUUUGGCGCAUCCCGCUCUGGCUGCUGCAAUUGGGACUGACAUUAUUGAAAUCUUGACCGUUCUCAUUGGACCUCCUACGUCGCUCAAUUUGAGAAACCUUGCGUGGCAUGGAUUUCUUUCCCCCAACGAGGUUGCUCUAGAAUUCCCAGUAUUUCUGACCUGGCUUCUCAUUGUGAUCGGUGAACGAUUAGACAAGAAGCAUUUGACCGUACGGAGAAGGAAUACCAAAGUGUGUCCACUUUUGCUUCCGAAAAAUUUAUCAUUGCCUUUUUUGGACGGAGGCGGAAAUGCAGCACUGUAUACUAACGCGGAACAGCUAUUUCGGGCAUCAGUUCUGAUCCCAGAGAACAGACGGAUGCUCUUUGAGCUAAUCACCAUACUGUUUCGCAAAAACCAAACAUGGUUGGCGGUUAACUUGUUGCUGCCGCAAAUCGAAGCUGUCUUGCGGUUGCUGUUUUCCUUAUCAAAUGAAGAACCAAAGCGAAUUUUAACGGCUGAAGAUGACCAGUUUUUUCUGACCCUUGAUACGAUACUUGGGCGAGACGCCCAGCUUACGGAAAAUAAGCUUCGGAAUUUUCUUGGAGAUGAACUAUUGAGCUUUUUACUGGAUCUUUAUAUUUAUCCCCAAGGACCACGUUACCGUCACACGCUUAGCCACGGGGAGUACGAUCAGGCCAGCAUAACUGAAAUAGACGGAAAUGCGUUACUAGCGGUGACAACCUGUAUUAUAUUACAAGCUGAAUCUGAUCCACUUACACCGACUUCGGUCACUUUAAAUCAGUGGAUAAAUUCGUACACGGUGCGGUUUCAUCCUGUCGGGAUAAUGAAACUGUACAUAACCAGCUUUGUUGGGGAACUAGAAAAGCUUAAUUUGUGCUCACUGCUGAAAGAUUAUCGUCAAAACUCGUCUGUAGACGGUAUCUUCCGUAGCGCUUUUGCUAUGUCGGCUCCGUUUGAUCAGUCUUGCGCGAUUUUCCGUGUGAUUGCCGGAAUCAUCGAUUAUGCAGACUGGCACCAUGUGUUCACGGCAAUGGCUGGUUUUCCUUUCCAAACAGUUUUUCGCCCAGUCUCGGAAGCUGCAUUUAUUAAACUGUGUACACUUAUUUGGACUCGUAUGGUUGGUGUUGUCAGCAACAUCCGUAAUUAUAUGGAAAGUACCUCACAAAAAUUCGCUUGCAAUGGCGAACUGCCGAAGCAGAAUGUUCUCCCGUAUCUACGGUUCCUUGAUGUUUUCGAACCACUGUUGGAGAAGAUCUUCAGCACUGGAUUGCUUCUGUUUGCUGUAGUGACAAUUUUGCAAGACGGAAGCCGGACGGCCGAUAAUGCACCGCAGAGUCGUAGUAAACUAAGUAAAGACUGUAAAAGUUUGAAGAAAGUACUGCAGGCUUGGGAAAAUAUUGAUUCUUUGUCGAAAACAAGUGUCAAUGAUUAUUUUCCAAUUGCACACUGGCUUAAUUCGCUCGAUUCUCAUUUGAAAUGUUGUUUCAAGUUCAACUUUUGAACUGAUGUGAUGGAGGUGACUGUGAUAUUUGUUUUUGGUAGUUUUCGUCGUCUGAAAACGUGUUUCUCUGGAAGUUUCGAAAUCGAAUAUAAUUUUAAUUCCUAAACAAAAAUUCUGAGAAUAA